AUCGACUGGACCAGCUCUGUGUCGCAGGUAGAAGAUUGUCUGAUGAAAGGCAGAGAGAAGCCAGAGUGUGCUAACUACAUCAAGGUGCUGCAUCGGUAUAACACCACCCACCUGUUGGCCUGCGGAACAGGAGCAUUUAAUCCUCACUGUGCCAAAAUCAGGGUGGGACACACAGGACAGGUCAGGCAGUUUGAACUGGAGGAGCAGAGUAUAGAGAGCGGCAGAGGGAGAUGUCCCUACGACCACAACAGCCCCGUUACAUCCACCCUGGACAGAGGAGAGCUGUAUAUUGGCCUGUACACAGACUACUGGGAGAAUGAUGCAGCUCUGUGUCGACUGAACAACCAGAGCUACACACGCACUGAGAGAGACGACAGACAACAGCUCAAUGAGCCUAAGUUUAUUGGGUCAGUGGUGAUUCCUGAUAACAAUGACAGGGAUGAUGACAAGGUCUACUUCUUCUUCACGGAGAGAGGGACGGAUGCAGAGGGGGUUAACAAGGCUGUUUACACCAGGGUGGGACGGGUCUGUGCGAAUGAUCAGGGAGGUCAGAGGAUGUUGGUGAAUCGUUGGAGCUCCUUCCUAAAGACUCGUCUCAUCUGCUCUGUGGCUGGACCCAAUGGCAUCGACACACACUUUGACGAGCUAGAGGAUGUAUUUGUGUUGAAGACCAAGGAUGAGAAGAAUCCAGAGAUUUUUGGCCUCUUCAGCACUACAAGUGCUGUGUUCCAGGGCUAUGCGGUGUGUGUGUACCACAUGGAUGAUGUGCGAGCAGCGUUCAACGGCCAGUUUGCCCACCGGGAGAGACCAGAGCACCACUGGACCCCCUACGAAGGCCGGGUCCCCUACCCACGCCCCGGAUCUUGUGCCAGUGAGGUGAAUGGUGGUGGGUUCUCAGGUUCUAAGGAGUUCCCUGAUGAGGUUCUGCGAUUCGUGCGUUCCCACCCCGUCAUGUUUAGCCCGGUCCUCCCCCUGCACCGCAGACCAGUUCUACUGCAGACAGAGCCAGGGGGGAGGAGACUAACUCAGAUCGCUGUGGACCGUGUCCAGGCCCAGGAUGGACACUAUCAUGUUCUGUAUAUAGGAACAGGCGACUCUGUGGUGUUGAAGGUUAUCACCAUCUACAACAAAGACACAGACACCAUAGAGGAAGUGCUGCUGGAGGAACUGCAGGUCUUCAAGGUCCCUUUUCCAAUAACUGAGAUCAUCAUAUCAGCUAAACGGCAACAGCUAUAUGUGGGUUCUGAGGUUGGUGUGGCUCAGGUGAGGCUCCAUCAGUGUGACCUGUAUGGGUCUGAGUGUGCCGACUGUUGCCUAGCAAGGGACCCUUACUGCGCCUGGGAUGGAAUCACCUGCUCACGAUACUACCCUGCUGGUGUUUACACCAAGAGUAGACGAUUCAGGAGACAGGAUGUUCGCCAUGGCAACGCUGUACAGCUGUGCAACGGGCUACAGAUUGAUGUAGGGGAGCAGUACCAGGGUGCAGCGGAGAGGCAGGUGUAUGGGGUAGAGAGUAACAGUACUCUACUAGAGUGUACCCCUCGUUCUCUACAGGCCAGAGUCAUGUGGUACAUACAGAGGGACCCAGACAGAGAGGAGGUCGGAGGUGAUGAGCGUGUUGUUAUCACAACCCACGGGCUGCUGUUCCUGCGUGUUCGGAGCGGGGAUGCUGGUGUGUACGUGUGUCAGACGGUGGAACAUGGCUAUGUCCACACCCUACUGAGGGUCACGCUACACGUGUUGGGAGGGCAGAAGGUUGGGGCCCUGAUACACAGGACAGGGGAGGAGGGAGAGGGGCAGGGGGAGGGGGAGAAAAAAGCAACCUGUCACCUCCCUAUAGAUACCUCUCCAGGCCCCCACCCUGGUUCCAACUCUGACCCAAGUUCCAGGCUACAAGGAGCCCUGCCAGGUUUAUCCUUAGCCCCAGCCCCAGCUCCAGGCCCUACCUCCAGGCUGACAGGCCCUGGUACUACAUCCAGGCUGCCAGACCCAGGAACAGGCCCUUCCUCACAGCUGUGGUACAAGGAGUUUCUCCAGCUGAUAGGCUAUGGGGACUCCCAGCAGGUGGAGGAGUACUGUGAGAGGGUCUGGUGCUCAGGGAAGAGACGCAGGAAGACUAAACGCAGAUACACCCAGCCAAUGGAAGUAGGAGAGAGGAAGGGGAGGGGGAAAGGAGACCCACACCGAGCCCCCAGACACACCUUGGACAACUGAGGGGGGAGAGAGUGAGAGGGUAGAGACUGUACAACACACACACACACACACACACUGGGACAGUUUUUUUCAGUAGAGAAUACUACAACCAACAAAGCUAAAACGUGGCACUGUCUUCUCUUAGACUUGAACAUAUUGUCUUAUUCCUUCUAAUAUCCAGACAUUAUUAUAUUGUGUUUUUCCUUCCCUGGUUUCUGGUGGAAACCUUGCCACUGGUAGAUAUGCAGAGUGUGUCUCUCCCUGAGUGUCCAUCAGAUCGAAGGCAUGUAGAACAGACUAAUUGUUUUGAACGACGUGGCCUCUGACUUUAAGACCACAGAACUGACAGCAGGCCUCUCUGAGCGGACAAAGGAUUCACAGCCAUGCCAGAUGAACACACAGAUAACAUACAUUGAAACAGAUUCAUUAGAAAUAAAACAUGUGUAUGUUUCUAGAGAUACUCUUGAGCUGCUCGUGUUAAAAACCACUGAUUAGAAAAUACAUAACGCAUACGCACAUCAACAAGUAGUGUCUCUUUCCAAUGUGUCUUACUGUAAUUACAUGAUUAUUAUUAUUAUUAUAAGUAUCUGUUUUGAGUUUAGUAGUGCUUUUGAUUUUAUUCAACUGGAAACAGUGCUGUGAUAUUGUUUUACUGUAUAAUUAAAUGUUAACUUUCAUGACGAUGUUGGCGAGUAUUAUCUACCAUACUUUGUCAGAUCGUAUGGUUUAACUUGUGAUUUCAUGUGGUUUCACAUGAGAUUUAGAAUUCUAGGUAAGUUGACAUCAUUGAAUGAUUACAUUAAUGCGAAAUUCUGUGUGUGCGGCUCAGAGAAUAUUCAACAAAGAAUACCACUGAACAAUAAAAACAUCUUGGAGAAUAUUCAACAAAGAAUAACACUGAACAAUAUAAACAGUUUGGAGAAUCUACUGUUGAUGAUGGAACAUGGAUUCUAUCAAAUGGAAUAGAUGUAACCCUGCAAUAAAAGUUAUAGAUCCUUCAUCUGAGUCUUUAGAUAUGAAAUGAUAUCCACAGUGUAUCUCAACAGAGCAUUUCCCCUUCAAUAAAUGGCCAACUUAAAUGUGA